UCCCGACAACUUCUUCUCAAAAUAUUCGUUCAAAAAUAAAUCUGUCGCGACGACAGAUCCUUCACGCCCGAGAUCGCACGCGGACAUUGAAUUCUUCCAUCGAAUCGUCUCUCUCUCUUUAGGAUUCGGACGUUCUUGCGUGAUCUUUUCUUGCUUUUUUCUUGAGACGGAGCGAAAGAUUUUGUGGGUUGCUUUGCUUUGCGAUCUUUGUCUCGGCGUUCCGGUAAAAAUACGAUCUUUUGUGGGGGAUAGGUUCUUCGUUAGGGGGUGGUCGGAUAAAGAGGUAGUUUUUUUUUUUAUCUUUUUUUUUUUUUGAAUCGGGGAGGAUGAACGAGCAGGCGCACCUGAUGAAUCAGGCGCCGAUGAUGAUGAACCAGAGCCCGAUGAUGAACCCACCGCCUCCGCCGCAGGUCAUCAUGAAUCAGGCCCCCCAGCUGAUGAGCGCGUCUCAGUCGAUGAGCCAGCCCCCUCAACUGCUGAGCCAGCCUCAGUUGAUUGGCCAGCCUCAGGUCCUGAAUCAGCAGCCCCAGUUGAUGGGCCAGUCUCAGAUGUUGAGUCAAUCUCAGGUGCCCAGUUUGAACAGGAGUUACAAGAUGUGGCCUCAGAAGCAGAAGCAGAAGCAGCAGCAGCAGCAGCAGCAGCAGCAGCAGCCGUCGCUUGACCCCAAUGUGCAGUUUCUUGGCUCCAUGAACCUGGGUUUCGGGGCUUUGAAGCAGCUGAUGAUGCCGUUGCCCGGUAGAAGCAAUUGGAAGGGCAAGAAGCCCAAUGAUAAGCGGAAUGACCCGAGGAAGGUCCCAAAGGCGAUCCCCAAUGCCGGGAUGAGUAGUGGCGCCAGUGGCAUGGGCUACCCCCCUGCUCUUACCGAUUUGCAGUUCCAGAAUCGCCUAAAGUCUAGAAAAUAUUAUCCCAAGAAGAAGUUCAAUAACCGGUUUGCCCCGUAUGCGCCCAGGAACACGACUUCUUUUAUCAUAAGAGCGAAGAAGUCGGGCGGCAUUGCCUCGAUGGUGUCCCCGUGUCCGGUCACGCCAGCGGUAUUGCCGACGCCCAUAUUUUCACCCUCCAGAGAGGUGUUGGUUGAUAUGGCAAAAGAGGAGUGGGGUGUGGAUGGGUAUGGGUCCAUGAAGGGUCUCAUUAGGCUACGGAAUGAGGUCGAGAACAGGGAUAAUGAGGAGGAGGAGGAUGAGAACGAGGAGGAAAAUAACGGGUCCAGCGAGAGUGACGUAGAAGAGGAGAAGGACAGCGUGAUGAGCAGACUGGAUCAUGAAAUGAAUCGCUUUGAGAUGGUUUACCCCAAUUACGGUUCUGAUUAUAACAAUUUACUAGUGAAUAGGGUGGAUGAUCAAGAUACCCACAUUGCACAACUCGAGGAAGAGAAUCUAGCUUUGAGAGAAAGGCUCUUUUUGAUGGAGAGGGAAAUGGAGGACUUGAGGAGGAGGUUGAACUUCCUGGAGAGGCAGCACCAUGUGGACGAAGAUGUGAACGAGGAGGUAGUGGAGAAUGAGUCUGACAAUGAGAGUGAAGAUGAAUGCAAUGUUAAUGUUCUGGGUGGUGUGAGCAAAGGAGAGGACAUGGAUUGUGUGGAUGGCGAUGUAGGUGGAAGGGAUGUUAAGUUUGAUGGUGAUGCCAAGGAGGAGAAAUAUGAUUCCACACUAGGAAAUAAAGCAAUUCCAGAGGUUGCUAUGGAAGAGUUUAUUUCAAACGAAGCAAUUCUAAAAGAAGACGAGUCAGGAUAUGAGGAACAACGUGAUGGGGUCAUCCCAGGAAGAGCAAAGUCUGAGGGGGAGGAGGGGGCGAAAAUUGUAGAGAAUGAGGUCUCACAUGAAGUGAAUCUUAAAUGGGAUGAGUGUGAACGGAAGGACAAUGCAAAUGCGCCUUUGGAGAAGAGCAUCGGCAAUGGUCAAUAAUAUUUUUAGCUUUCCACCUAUUUUAAGGCUCCUCCAAGGUUUGAUAUUGGUGAAGGGCUUGUUAUCUCAUGCCAUAAUUUGUUGAGUGUCAAGGUUCUUUCUCAGUGCUCCUUAAAUAAUUCCAAUUCUGGGGCAUCUACAGGCGUUGCUUGUUAGUUGAGAGUGAAAACAUGGUCAAUGGGCUUUCAAACUUAGCCAUUAUGAUGUUCUCUCCAGUUAAUAACCAUCGUUGGUUUACUUCACUCUCUUCUUUAUACUAAAGUAUUGUGAUCUUUUGGAUUCUUACUUCUAUGUCUGGAAAUCAUUUGAGAUCGAGUAUGAGUAGGUUUAUGUUUUACUCUUCUAAUGUCGUGAAAACCCCAUUUUCUUGGACUGCAUUACUUGUUGAUAUGUUAUGCAUUUACAUCUCUGAAA